AUGUCAGACUGGAUCGUGCAGAACUUUGUCUUUCCUGGCGGCUGUCAAAUUGUCUACUAUGACCCUGUCACUGGACAGGCCUUGCCUCCUCAAAUUUAUCAGCCUCCCCAGGUUUACCAGCAACCCGCUGCCUCUGAACAACUCGGCAUGCCUCGUCUCGACUACUAUGGUCCUGCCGUCGGCAUCCAGGAACCCGAACCGGCCUUCCUUCUUGUCAACAAGUUUGAGCAGCCCGUUCUCCCAGCUCCUGGUUUUGUAGAGGAAUUGGACUCCGCCAACGAAGAGCUGGACUUCGAAGAGGGCUUCGAUUCCGUUGACGAGGAUAUGGACUCUGACGAGGACGAGGGGUUGGGUCCCGCUGAGAACAUGUUCCACUAUGAAGUCUUCCAGCAUGAGGUUUACCAGCAGCCAGUCAUGCCUGUCGCGCCCGUCGCGCCCGUCGUGCCCGUCGAGCCCAUCAUACCCGUGGUGCCCAUGAUGCCUAUCGAGUAUAUCGAGCCCGUCAUGCCCAACAUCCCUGCCAUGCCCAUCGAGUACAUCAUGCCAGCCAUUCACGCCGCUACCGCUAUCCAAAUCCAUCACUAUGUCCUGGAGCAUAACAUCCAAGAACAACCCGUCGCUCGUCGCCCCCAACAACCGCAACCCAAGAAUAACUUCCCCUGGGCCUCCAAAGCCGCCAAAUCCCAAGCCUAG